GUUAACAAAAAGGAUGGAGGAUAUUAUUGAUUGCGAAUGUCGUUUGACCGCUAAGCUGUUGGAAAUGUUGAAAACGACCGAUUACGAAUUGGUACAGGAAAAUGGUCAAAGACGUUUGUCCGCGCCAGAAAUCUAUCGGGACGGUAGGGAACGUGCAAAAGGUGCCGAGGUAUUUGUCGGUCGUCUUCCACGCGAUUGUUACGAGGACGAAUUGAUGCCGGUACUCGGUAAGGCCGGUAGAUUAAUGGAACUCAGAUUGAUGCUUGAUUUUUCUGGAUCUACACGUGGUUAUGCAUUUGCCCUUUAUGAAAACUCCAAAACAGCUAAGAGAGCUUGCAUGGAGUUAGACGGUUAUGAAAUAAGACCGGGGCAUCGUAUAGGCGUUGUCAAGUCGAUCGACAAUUGUCGUCUAUUCUUUGGCGGUGUACCGAAGAACAAAACAAAAGCGGAAUUUAUGGAAGAACUGACGAAACUUCUCGACGGGAUAAUAGAUAUUUAUUUGUAUCCGAACGCUCAGGACAAAUCAUUGAAUCGUGGUUUUAUAUUCGUCGAGUUUAAGGAUCAUAGGGCAGCCGCUAUGGCCCGAAGAAAACUUAUCCCAGGACGAGUUAUGCUUUGGGAACACGAAAUUGCCGUUGAUUGGGCCGAUCCUGAACCUGGCGAUCCGAUCGAUGAGGAUGUCAUGCAAACCGUUACGGCGUUAUUCGUAAGGAAUCUAUCGUUAAAUAUGCCGCAGCAAAAGGUCAAGGAGAUAUUUCAAAAGUCAACGAGUGUACCUAUAUUGAAGUUGAAAAAAAUAAAUCAUUUUGCCUUUAUACAUUACGAGUCACGACAGGCCGCACAGAAAGUAAUGGACAUAAUGUCGCAACACAAUAGCAUCGUCGAGCAAGAAGGUUGGGAAAUUCGUUGGGCGAAACCGAUUUGUGCGUCUAAACUCUUAGAAAGGCAGAAAUGUAUAAAUGAAGCUGCGACGACUGGUAGAAAUGCUCGUUUCAAGCCAUUAUUGUCAAAGAAUUAUUAUCUCCAAGCACUUCCAGAGGUAUACGAAGAAAACAGUAAUAAGGGUACCGCUCACGUCAUCGCCUUACAAAGUUUGGUUAAGGAAAAGUUAGGUGCAAUGUGUUCCUUCGAAUGUUGGAGAGCUCUUGACGCACCAGGCUUCAUUUGUAAGAUAACAGUUUUCAAAGCACAUACUACGCUUCUAGAGUAUCACGGAGAUAUAAUGUCAACGAAACAUAAAGCAAUUAGUACGACGUCUUUAAAAAUGUAUCAUUACUUGUCUAAAUCAUUGAACAAUUCCGGUAAGAUUUUCAAAUCAUGUAACGAUCUUAAUUUUUGUCCCAUACAGGAUAUAGGGCAAGAUUACACGAAACAAAAUAUGGAAUUUGAUGGGAUACAAAGAAUGCCGUUUUUUACAUUGGAAAAACAAUUGUAUAAUACUUUUAAUAACGGAAGUUUUUAA